AUGGUAAACUCGGAACAUUGUUAUACGCCUAAUAUCACCGACCAUGAGCUCCUAAGCUACUCUCCUCCUGUUGGAGAAGAGGAGGUCUGCUGGACGGAGAAAGAGGGUCGGUGGCUGAACGUUGUCGUGAAAGAGGAAGAGGAAGAGGAGGAUGUCACAGUAACAAAAGUAGAGGAAGAGGAGGUUGUUACAGUAAAACAAGAAGUAGAGGGUGAGGAUGUUACAGUGAAAGAAGAGGAAGACGCGUUCAGAGUGAAGGAGGAGGAAGAUAUUACAGUAAAAGAAGAGGAGGGAGAGAUAACUGUCAUAUUGGAAGAAGAAGAGGUUGGAGAACUGAUUAACACCAGAGAGAGAUGUGACUAUCGGGGAUCAUCUGGAGAGCCUCAACAACAUCAUGAUGCUGACGAGGCAGAGAAGAGUCUCUCCACAUUAGAACACCCCAAGAAACACCUGCAGAGAUCCACAGGGAAGAAAUAUCACCACUGCCCGGACUGUGGGAAGACUUACUCAAGAUCAGAUUCACUAAAAGUACACCUGAGAAUUCACACAGGAGAGAAACCUCACUGCUGCUCUGACUGUGGGAAGAGAUUUACCUCUUCAGCAGACCUUAAAAGACAUGAGAGAAUCCAUACAGGAGAAAAACCUUAUAGCUGUAAUCAAUGUGGGAAGAGUUUCACAACAUCUAGCCAGCUGACUAUACACCAGAGAACACACACAGGAGAGAAGCCUUACCACUGCUCUGACUGUGGAAAGCGUUUUCUUAAGUCAGGACAUUUAACAUCACACCAGAGAACACACACAGUAGAGAAACCUUAUAGCUGUGAUCAAUGUGGGAAGAGUUUUACUCACUCAAGCUGCCUGAUAGUACACCAGAGAACACACACAGGAGAGAAACCUUAUAGCUGUGAUCAGUGUGAGAAGAGUUUUGUUACUUCUAGCCGUCUGACUAUACACCGGAGAACACACACAGGAGAGAAACCUUAUGGCUGUGCUCAAUGUGGGAAGAGUUUUGUUACAUCUAGCAGUCUGAUUAUACACCAGCGGACACACAGGAGAGAAAUCAAUGUGGCAAGAGAUACUCUGGUAAAAAAUCUCUGAUUAACUAUCAGAAAAUACAGCCUCCCGAGUGGCGCAGUGGUCUAAGGCAUCGUAGUGCGAGCUGUGCCUCUAGAGAUCCUGGUUCGAGGCUCUGAGCUGGUGGAAUAGAUUCCCAGUGUGGAAAGAGGGUUCAGUCAGUUAGGGAACCUAAUUGUGGAAAGACACAGGACCUAGAAUAAGACAAUAUAGAUGCUGUGUUCUGACAUGUUUUUGGCUGAGAAUGUUGUUGAUGCCUGAAAACACAUGAGAGGGAACACACAGUAGAAAAGCCUUUCCAAUGUUCCACUAUGAUAAUGUUGUUGAUGCCAUGUGAAAUCAUGUUUGUAUGAAAAAAUAGGCCUAGUUGAGUUUUUUCCUCUCGAGACAUGAUCAUGUCUGAAAUCAGAUUAACAUUUUAAAAAUGUGUAUUUUAUUUUGAUUAUGGAUUUGAUUGAAUACAAGUAUGAACCAUUGAGAUGUUAAUGAUGUGAUUUGGAAAGUUGUAGAUUUUAUUAAAUAGAUUUAAUAAAAUGUGUACUUCUUGAUACACCCCCAGAGGGCCACGUCGUGACAGUACUAGUCACGAUAUACACCCCAAAGGGCCACGUCGUGAGUAAUUUCCGGACUAUAAGCCGAUGAUAAGACGUUGGAAACAGCAGCGUGAGGAACUGACUCCGUGCAAAAAGACAACAAAUGCUUUCAGAGGGAAGAAAAGCAGAUGGCCCGAACUAGAAAAAUGAGCUUGAAGACUGGGUCAACACACAGAGAGCAGACGGCCGGGGUGUUUCAACUGUGCAGAUCCGACUGAAAGCCAAAACAAUCGCCACCGCAGUGAAGUUUGAGGAUUUUAGAGGUGGACCAUCGUGGUGUCUAAGCUUUAUGAGACGUAAAGGCCUGUCCAUCAGGGUACGGACGAGUCUGUGUCAGCAGCUCUGAGGCUAUUCAACUCCGACACCGAAGGAGAUGACUUCAGUGGUUUCAGUGCACAGGAGGAGGAAGAUGGUGACCAAUGACU